CCUGCAGCGUCACGUGAUCGUCAGACUCAGGGAAGGAAGACUGAAGGGGAGGAAAACUGUCUGCUGGCGACCAAUAACACGCUCAAAAGGCAGAUCAGAAAUGGGAUGGAGAUGUUCGGCAACUGCUGGUGUUUUGAUUGACUGUUGGAAGCAGGCCACUCGUGAAGGGUUUACAGAAGAGCGUUGAAAGAAAGAGACAGGUGUCCUCGCCAUCAUGAAGUUGAACGAGAGGAGCGUGGCGCAUUAUGCCACAUGCAACUCUCCUCCAGACAAGACAGGCUUCCUCUUUAAGAAAGGGGAACGGAACACGGCUUACCACCGCCGCUGGUUUAUUCUGAAGGGCAACAUGCUGUUCUACUUCGAGGAGAAGGAAAGUCGAGAGCCAGUCGGCGUCAUCGUCCUGGAAGGCUGUACAGUGGAGCUCUGCGAGUCUGAAUCCGAAGAGUUCGCCUUCGCCAUUAAAUUCGACUGUGUCAAAGCGAAGGUCUACAAGAUGGCCGCGGAGAACCAGGCCGCUAUGGAAUCGUGGGUCAAAGCUCUGUCACGGGCGAGUUUCGACUACAUGCGGCUGGUCGUGAAGGAGCUGGAGAGGCAGCUGGAGGAGGUGCAGGAAGAAGCCAGAUCAUCACAAGCGAAAAGCAUGCUGAAGAAGCACCAGCUGCAACUGCAGGGAGCAACCUUUUCACUACAGAACGCCACCAUUACGGGGCCUUCGCAGGAAGGGGUGUCUAGCAGAGAAAACGGGGUGUCUUGGAGUAAACCCCCCAGUGUGCCAAACGGUGUCAGCAACACACAAGGGGACUGUAGCGAGAGAGGGGAUGGAGUCAGACCACAUCCGGUACCCCCGCGAAGGAAGACCAACGGCGGAUCACUCGAGAGCCCCGUUUCACCCGGCACAGGCUGCUUCUCCAAACUACAUGACUGGUACGGCAAAGAGGUGGCUGAACUGAGAAUAGAAUGGCUGCAGAGCCAGUGAAUGAACGUGGAGACUCAAAAUAUACAUCCGCAUACAUAAAAGGUCAAAAACAAAGAGAGCAUUAGAAUGACAAUUGCUUGUCCACUGUUACUGAUUUUUUUUUUUUUCCUUAAACAGGACCAAGCCCUUUUUAGAGGAACAUUCUGUCGUCAUUUACUCACCCUCAUGUCAUUCCAAACCUCUCUAAAAAAUUUAAGUUCAAAUUUAAUCAAAGGAAGAUUUUAAAUACAGUAAGGAAAUAUAAGGGGAAAAUACUUUUUAAUUAUAUGCUACAGUAUGACAAAAUAAACAGCAGUAUUUACCUACAUAGGUUUACUAAAGCAUUUUAAAGGAAUAGUUCACCCAAAAAUGAAAAUUUCCUGAAAAUGUACUCAUC